AUGGUGUUCGAGUCGAUUGUAGUCGAACUGAUCAACAAGUAUCUGGGAGAAUUUGUGGAAGAUCUAGACAAAUCACAGCUGAGUAUCGGAAUCUGGUCUGGCGAUGUUGUCCUCAAAAAACUGAAUUUGAAAGAAAGUGCCCUGGAUCACUUCAAUAUCCCUGUCAAAAUAAAAGCAGGACACUUAGGGAAACUAACAUUAAAAGUUCCAUGGAAGAAUCUGUAUAGUGAACCUGUUGUUGUCCACAUUCAAGAUAUUUAUGCCUUGACAGUUCCAAAUACAGCUGUUCAGUAUGAUGCAGAGCUGGACAGGCAAGCACAGUUUGCUGAAAAGCAGGCAAGACUGGCUCAGAUUGAAUUUCAGAAGAAAUGGGAGGCAGAUAAAGCAAAACCAAGAGAUCCUAAACAAGACAGCUUUGUGGAGAAACUGUCUGUACAGAUAAUCAAGAACCUGCAGAUCAAGGUCUCAGGCCUUCAUAUCAGGCACGAAGAUUCAUACAACAACCCCAGGCGUCCAAUAUCCAUAGGCUUUACACUAAAGGAGCUAUUGUUUCAGACAACUGAUGCCACUUGGAAGGAGACUGUUAUAAAAGAGGCUGUGUCACAGAUUUACAAA